GGGGAAUCGGUGCUAGGAAUGGUAGAGGAUAAAGGAAACAGUACUUUCUGGAUCAUAUGAAGAGCAGAACUUAAAAUAUAAGCUAGAUAGCAUGUCUGAUGAGAGCCCCCACAAUCCAGAAGCAGUCGAGCCCAAGGCUCGAACCGUCGGUGGCACUGAGUACAGCUGGUGCAAAGCCGUGCCCAGUGGUACCGGCAUCACAGUCCUAGCCCUCCUCCUCUCUAAGCCCCCAGAUAUCUGGACCAUCCAAACUGCCCUCCACAACCUCCAAAAUGCCCAGCCUAUCCUCCGCUCCAAGCUCCACUUCACCACCACCACCUCCACUAAAACCUUCUCCUUCCUCACUCCUCCCACCCCUCACCUCCAAAUCCGACCGUUGGAUCUCUCGUCAACGUCCCACAUCCUUCACACCCAAAACGACCACCACUGCUCCGUCAAUCCCUUCCAUCUCAUCCUCGAACACGAGCUGAACCAAAACACUUGGCAAGAUCCUGACCAUCCAUCGUACGCCGACGAGGACGUGCUCUUCGCUAGCCUGUACACACUGAGCAAAGCCCAGUGGACCCUGACGCUCAGGCUGCACACGUCGGCAUGCGACCGCACGACGGCGGUGUCAGUACUGAGGGAGCUGCUGGGGUCCGUGACGGGGUCUGGAAGAGAAGGGGAAGAUAUAGGGAGGGAAUUUGGGUACAAAGAAGAUGUUAAUUUGGGAAUCGAGGAUCUUAUCCCAGCAGGCAAAGCUAAUAAGCCCUUUUGGGCGCGGGGCGUGGACAUGCUUGGGUACUCCUUGAAUUCACUGAGGUUGGCAAAUUUGGAUUUUAGGGACGCAAAUUCGCCUAGAUAUUCUCAGGUGGUGAGGCUGCAGAUGACUGCAGUUGACACUGAGAAGCUUGUUGCAGAAUGUAAGUCAAGGGAAAUUAAACUUUGUGGAGCCUUGGCAGCGGCUGGAUUGAUUGCAGCUUAUGCUUCGAAAAACCUUCCUGAUCAUCAGAGGGAGAAGUACGCUGUGGUAACUCUCAUAGACUGCCGUUCAAUUCUUGAUCCAGUCCUUUGCAGUCAAGAUCUAGGAUUCUACCAUUCUGCCAUCCUAAAUACACAUGACAUAUCUGGUGAAGAAGAACUAUGGGAGUUGGCAAAUAGAUGCUACAUGUCCUUUGCAAAUGCUAAGAACUCCAACAAGCAUUUCUCAGACAUGUCUGACCUGAACUUCCUAAUGUGUAAGGCCAUUGAGAAUCCUGGUUUGACCCCAUCAUCAUCCUUGAGAACUGCCUUGAUCUCGGUGUUUGAGGACCCAGUUAUUGAUGAUUCUAAUGAACUGCAUCAACAGCUUGGAUUGGAGGAUUUUGUGGGAUGUGCUUCAGUACAUGGUGUCGGUCCGUCAAUUGCCAUAUUUGACACAAUAAGAAAUGGUGGUUUGGACUGUGCGUGCGUGUAUCCAGCGCCACUUCAUUCAAGGGAACAUAUGCAAGAGCUAAUUGGUCAUAUGAGGAGAAUUCUUGUGGACGGUUGUAACAAGUUGGAGAGUGAGAGCUAGACGUAUUCUUUCUUUAUUUGAGCUAGAUCUCUUAUUGUGAGCAUGAGACGAUGAAAUGCCCUCUUUCCUUUGGUUUCGAACGUUGAACUAGCAGCCACUGCAUUCGAUCCUGCAGUAUAUCUCAAAAUUCUCCUAUUUUUAAAUUGGUGGAACUAGGGAUGGGUUCGUGGAAUGAAAGUCAGAGACUCGGAAGAGAGUGUGAUUUGUAGAAUUUUUCAUUACGCAAUCCCAAUAAGAUGCACCAAGCAGGCUCCUUGCUAAUA